AUGUCCAAGAAGGGCAUGGGCGCCCGAGGCAGGGGCGACAAGGCGGAGCUCCUCGCUGCUCUCCAGGCCGCCAACGAGGACCUGCGGGCCAAGCUCACUGACAUCCAGAUUGAGCUGCAGCAGGAGAAGGGCAAGGUGAGCCGGGUGGAGAGGGAGAAGAACCAGGAGCUGCGGCAGGUGCGGGAGCACGAGCAGCACAAGAACGCGGUGCUGCUCACCGAGCUCAAGACCAAGCUGCACGAGGAGAAGAUGAAGGAGCUGCAGGCCGUGCGGGAGGCGCUGCUGCGGCAGCACGAGGCCGAGCUGCUGAGGGUCGUCAAGGUCAAGGACAACGAGAACCAGCGGCUGCAGGCCCUGCUGCACGCACUGCGGGACGGCGCCCCCGACAAGGCCAAGGUCGUGCUGCUGUCGGAGGCGAAGGAGGAGGCCAAGAAAGGGUUCGAGGCGGAGAAGAUGAAGAUGCAGCAGGAGAUCUCAGAGCUCAAGGGGGCCAAGAAGCAGGUGGAGGAGGCGCUGACCAUCGUGGUCCAGGCCGACAAGAUCAAGGCGGCGGAGAUCCGCAGCGUGUACCAUCUCCACCAGGAGGAGAUCUCCCGCAUCAAGAAGGAGUGCGAGCGGGAGAUCCGCAGGCUGAUGGAGGAGAUAAAAUUUAAAGACAGAGCAGUCUUCGUGCUGGAGAGAGAGUUAGGGGUUCAAGCCGGGCAUGCUCAGAGACUGCAGCUCCAAAAAGAGGCUCUAGAUGAGCAGCUGUCCCAGGUCAAAGAGGCUGAUCGGCACCUGGGCAGCCCCAGACGGGAGCUUCCUCAUGCAGGCGGUGCAGGAGACGCCUCAGACCACUCGGGAAGCCCUGAACAGCAGUUGGAUGAAAAGGACGCUCGGCGCUUCCAGCUUAAGAUCGCGGAGCUGAGUGCGAUUGUCCGGAAGCUGGAGGACCGAAACGCCUUGCUUUCGGAGGAAAGGAAUGAGCUGUUAAAGCGCUUGAGGGAAGCGGAGAGUCAGUACAAGCCACUGCUGGAUAAGAAUAAGCGACUUACCCGGAAGAAUGAGGAUCUGUCCCAUACUCUGCGGCGGAUGGAAAACAAGUUAAAAUUUGUCACCCAGGAGAACACAGAAAUGCGGCAGAGGGCCGGCAUCAUCAGGAGGCCCAGCUCCCUGAACGACCUGGACCAAAGCCAGGACGAAAGAGAAGUGGACUUCCUGAAACUGCAGAUCGUGGAGCAGCAGAGCCUCAUAGACGAGCUUUCCAAGACGCUUGAGACCGCCGGCUACGUGAAGAGUGUGCUAGAGCGCGAUAAGCUGUUAAAAUAUCGGAAGCAAAGAAAGAAAAUGGCCAAACUCCCCAAGCCGGUUGUGGUGGAGACCUUCUUUGGGUACGAUGAAGAGGCUUCCCUGGAGUCCGACGGCUCCUCCAUCUCCUACCAGACGGACAGGACAGACCAGACCCCGUGUACGCCUGACGAUGACCUGGAGGAGGGCGUGGCCAAGGAGGAGACGGAGCUGCGGUUCCGGCAGCUGACCAUGGAGUACCAGGCUCUGCAACGGGCCUACGCCUUGCUGCAGGAGCAGGUCGGAGGGACGCUGGACGCAGAGCGAGAAGUUAAGACCCGUGAGCAGCUGCAAACAGAGGUGCAGAGAGCCCAGGCACGGAUAGAAGAUCUGGAGCAGGCCCUGGCUGAGCGGGGGCAGGACAUGAAGUGGAUUGAAGAGAAGCAGGCACUGUAUCGAAGAAACCAAGAGCUUGUGGAGAAGAUUAAACAAAUGGAAAUAGAAGAGGGUCGGUUAAAACACGAGGUUCAGGAUGCGAGGGACCAAAACGAGCUACUGGAGUUCCGGAUCCUGGAACUUGAGGAGAGGGAGCGGAAGUCCCCAGCCAUCAACUUCCACCACACCCCCUUCGCAGAGGGGAAGAGCCCCCUCCAAGCCUACUGCGAAGCUGAAGGCGUGACGGACAUCCUGGUCUCGGAGCUGAUGAAGCGGCUGGACAUCCUGGGGGAUAACGCCGUAAGUAAUCUGACCAAUGAGGAGCAAGUGGUCGUCAUACAAGCUAGGACCGUCCUGACCUUGGCUGAAAAGUGGCUCCAGCAGAUUGAGGAGACGGAGUCGGCCCUGCACCAGAAGAUGGUUGACCUAGAGAGUGAGAAGGAGCUGUUCAGCAAGCAGAAGGGCUACCUGGACGAGGAGCUGGACUAUAGGAAGCAGAGCUUGGACCAGGCUCACAAGCACAUCCUGGAGUUGGAAGCCAUGCUGUACGACGCCCUGCAGCAGGAGGCCGGGGCCAAGGUGGCCGAGAUCCUGUCGGAGGAGGAGCAUGAGAAGCUCAAGGCGGCCGUGGAGCAGUGGAAGCGGCAGGUGAUGAGCGAGCUGCGGGAGCGCGAUGCCCAGAUCCUGCGGGAGCGAAUGGAGCUGCUGCAGCUGGCCCAGCAGAGAAUUAAAGAGUUAGAAGAAAGAAUAGAAGGUCAGAAGAGGCAAAUAAAGGAGCUGGAGGAAAAGUUUCUAUUUUUGUUCUUAUUUUUCUCCUUAGCUUUCAUUCUGUGGUCAUAG